AUGAUACACGGUUCCUUCAUCAUAUUUCGACUGUUGCUUACAAUCGGUCUAGACUAUUGGGCUAUUUCGAACAGGCAUCGAUUACCGAUACUGAUCAGUGCCAUUCUGAUCAUGAGUUUUACCGUGUUCACCGUGAUGAAUUUCGCCUUAUUCUUUCGGGUUCUGGCCGCGGAAAAACGUGUUUUGUUGGAGUAUAACAAACGCCACAUGAACAACGAAUCUCAUUCGAACGGAGUUGUUCUCUGUCACGAUGCAACAAAACCAGCCAAAUCCGAAUAA